GAAAACGCGUGAAUGUGUAUCCUAUAAAAGUAAUGCCCCAACGAAUAAAAGUAAUGCCCCAACGAACUUGAAACGGACGAAAUCUCUCUGUUAUUAAUCUCUCUCUUUCUCCCAAAUUCUCAACAAUGGCGAAGAGCGGGCGCGAUUCGAAGGAGGCCGUCGUUCCCGGAGGCCGUGUGGACGACGUGGAGAAGGUUUUCCGGAAGUUCGACAAAAAUGGCGACGGCAAAAUAUCGCUUUCCGAGCUCAGCACGAUUCUCAAUGCCGUCGGCCCUGUGACUCCGCCGGAGGAGGUGAAUCACAUAAUGCUGGAGCUGGACACAAACGGAGACGGUUUCAUCGAUAAGAAGGAAUUCGCCGCCAUAUAUUGCCCCUCCAGCGGCGGCGACUCCAACGCCGAUGAAAAGGAGCUUCUGGAAGCCUUCAACCUAUACGACAUCGAUAAGAACGGGAAGAUCACUGUCAGCGAGUUGAAAUUGGUGAUGGAGAGCCUCGGAGAGAAGUGUUCGAGCAAGGACUGCAAACGCAUGAUCAGGAAAGUCGAUGUCGACGGAGACGGGUGCGUUAACUUCGAAGAAUUCAAAAAAAUGAUGAGUAAGAGUUGAUUAACCGGAUCGACGUCUAGGUUCGUUUAUUAGGUGUAAUCCUUUGUUUGAUCGGAUUAGAUGCGUGAUAUCGUAUUAUAUUGCUUGUGAUUGAGUCCGAAGUGUUAAUUUGUCAAGCAAUAAAAUGUUGAUAUGACUUAAUUUGAUUUUUGCUCUUAUUACACAGUACUUCGGAUAUUGUGAGAAUGUGAGCCACUUUCACAAGAGUUAAA